GCAACCAUAUCGGAAUAUAACUUAUCAUUUGUUUCGGUGGUUUUAAGCUAUUCAGGAGCUUCCUCAACCACGAAAAACCAUUAAUUCAAGUAUAUCGGUAGUGACCCUACUGGUGGAAGUGGCUUCACUUGAUGAAGCAGCUUACACACUCCAUCAUCAGGGGAACGGAAUAAGCAAUAAUUCACUCAAAUUCAAAAUUAUUCGGUGGAGCGCCAUGUGUUCCAAUUCUUGGCUUGAACUAACUACCUGAACAUCAACAUCAUCAUUAUCAGGUUUUGUCCAUUAACAGCUGCUAAUAAUCCAUCAAAGCGUAAACUUCACCAGUUGUACCAGUUGGUUACUCAGUAUCUGCUGCUGCUACCAUCUUCUGCUCGCUCCGCAUCUAGUACUGGUUGGAUCUCAACGCGGCUUCAGCAUGGGCAGGACGAUGGGAGCCGCCGUGAUGUUCCAGACAUUCUUCAUCGCCAUCCUGUUGCCAACUACAGCCUCCGCGCUCAUCCUCAACUCCACCACCAGAAGUUGCAGCAAGCACUGCGAGAGUAUCAACUGCCAGAGUGUACACAAAAUAAGGUAUGGGAAGUUCUGUGGAGUGGGUUACUCAGGAUGUCCAAAUCAAUCACCGUGUGACCGCCUCGAUGCAUGUUGCAAACAACAUGAUCUCUGCGUCGGCCGCAACGCUGCAAACUUUCCGAAUCACACAUGCAGGUAUAACUUGCGGAGCUGUCUGCAGCAGUACCUGUCAACGGGUGCGGUAGUGUACCAGGGCAGUAAUUGCACAGCCAUGACGGUGCAGAACACGGUGAUGGUGGCCUUGGAGAGCACCACAUUUCACGAGCACGUCGCCCCUGGGAGUGCCCCGCAGGCUGGCGGCGCUCCGAACCCUUCGUCUGGCAUGCUGAUCGACCGCAUCACAAGUAUUGUUCUCAUCUGCGGUGUGUGGGCCUCCCUGCUCUGGGCGCACGAGUUGUCUCCCGCUCUCAGGAGUGUGGGCUGAUGAUGCCGAGAGCUGCAAAUGAUUCCAGUGGCGGUGCCUGACACCCAGAGACACACAUGGAUAUCUGGUGUUGUGUAGGGAUGAGCCGUCCCAUGAAACUUUAUUGUGUGUUGUUGCUGUUGUUGUUGAAUUCCAUGUUAGCAGCAGCAGCAGCAGCAGGUCUGGUGAGUAGGAUGAACUUUCCCCAACCUGGAAAUCUGUACUCUAGCUGCGCAGUGCAGUAAUUGGUCUUAGAAGUGGGGUUUUUAGCUUGAGAUCUGUGAGCAGGAUCUCAUUUGUUGUUGUUGUUGUUGCAUUGUCCCAUUGUGAUAUGAUAUGAUGUUAUGCGAUGCUAAUCCAAACAGGCACUUGUGCUCAUAAAGACGCC